AUGUCUACUGUUGCGCUGAAAGGGAAACUAGAAUUGAUAGAAACAAAAGAGACAAUCCAGUCGACUGCGAAAGGUGAUUCUCAGCAUGACGAGAAGCCACUUGCAGCCAUCACAGCCAAAUCAAAAAAUCAAAGCGAAACCCCCCCAACCUGGAAUAAAGCUGCCACUAUAACUCGAAAAAUUAGGAAAUGGCACUGGAAAGGGAAAUGGGCUUUUGGUUCCCACAUCAAUGAAACCUUUGCCAACAAAAAUAGCGCGACACCUCUUCCCAAAAAGGCUCAUAAACUUCAACCAUUUCACUACUACUUUGAAGAAGAGGCAGACCCUUCUGACGUUGCUCUUCCUUCCCUUGCCCUACUUGAAUCUUUGCCGACGGAUCCCAACACUCCAAAAGUGGACAAUAUUGUGAAAAACAACGCCCAAUAUUCGGCAGGAUUGACAAGCCGUUCUACAAUGCAUGACCAAUUGCCAAACAAUCGUUUUAAGAAAAGGGCAGAAUUAUCUUUAUCUUUAAAGUCUUCAAAAGACGAUGGCAUGAAAGCACGCAGUCCGUGUAAGGCCGACCCGAGAAGUGAUGAUGCUACCACAACAUUGAGUGGUGGCCUUGCCCUUGAAGAAAAGGAGGGCAAAACUCUACCCAGUAGAUCUUCACUAUCAUGCUCAGGAGUGAAAAGCAAAACCAACGCAGAAAAUGCUACUGAUGCACCACAUUCCAUUCUGAACAAAACAUGCAUGGAUCCCAAGUCUCUCACGCCUUCGACAGAGGUGGCGAUAAUGCCCCGAAGGUUGUCGUCAGUUUCGAGGCAGAAUUACGAUGCAGAACCCAAAGUUGAGAAAGCAAUGAAACCCGAUUUGAAAUGUAAAUCAAAUGAGAAACGGAAAGUAUCGAGAAUUGACGAUUUAGGACAAAUGACCCCAGGCAAAUACGGAGCGAAAUUACAAGUUACAGGCCCAAAACAGCUGGAUCUUUCAUUGUCUUUUGCGGUGGUUUCUUCCACCGAUCCCCCGUUUACGGAUGCUCUUUCUUUCUUUCGUCACAAGAAUGGCGACAGCUUGGACCACGAGAACACAAAGAAUCUCGCCAAGUCAGCUGCAGAUGACGCCCACAAUCCUUGCCCUCCAAGCGGACUGUGGAAAGGGUAUUUUCAAAAUGCCACCGUGGGGCGUGGAAAGGGCACACAGAGAGUCCAAGAACAGUUCUACUUAUUUUUGAAUGCGCGCCCUGGUAACAACGCUGUAUUCUCCUUUGAUGGAGUGCAAAACCAAAUGCCACCAACGCAUUUUCAAGAUCCGAUUCUUGUCCGGGGAAGCGGAGAUAAUCAAUUUGGGAUGUUUGAAUUUUGUGGUCAUCUGAAUAUUUCUACUAUGGAAAUGGAGAUCCAACGACAGUAUGUCCAUGUAGAGGAAGAAAUUCCGACCACAAAGCCAUCUCCAAACAAGAAGAAAAAACAGCGGUUGGCUACACCUGUGGUAACGAGGCACAAGUCGACAAGGCCGUACUUCACUCGAAAGCGUCAACCAUCCUGGAAAGUCAAAUCGCAAGAAGGAAAUGGCGAAGAUGAAUCCUCCAAACGAAAAAAGCGAAAAAUGAAUGUGGAGACAUCUAACACGGCUGAGGGCUACUCAGAUGGAGGAAGGAUACCAAGUGAUAUUGUAGCGGCUGGUUCCAUGGAGUCAGUAGCUGAUUCAAUUCUGUUGUCCACAGGAUCGUGUAUCAACCACGUUGACACGGCCAAGACACCAAGUAAAAGGAAAUCAUCAAACCCUGUUGGUAUUGUGCGCAGGCAAGGACUGGCUGCUGGAACGUUCAAGACCAUCCCCAAGCAUACCCACAUUGCUGCAUUAUCGGAUGCAAUGAAGCUUCCUUCAACGGGUGAUGCACAACUGUCGAAGUGGAGGGCAGCUCAUUUCUUGUAUUAUCAACGGCAUGACCCAGAAGAGCCGCAACAGCAACAACAACAACAACAGGGGAAGUUUCAACAUUCAAAGCAGCAACAAUCUUCGACUGGGUCUUCUUUCAGCAGUACUUCAACGAACCCAAAGUAUGUCAUUUAUGAAGGGGAAAUGGUUGACUCGAAACGUGCAGGUAGAGGGACUUGUUUGUACUCAAAUAAUAUGCUAUAUGAAGGUGAAUGGAAAUGGAACAAGGAGCAUGGGUACGGCAUAGUCAUGACGUCUGACCGUACUCGAAUUAUCUACGAGGGUGAAUUUGAACGAGGCCGAAUGCAAGGGAAAGGAAUAUACUACUACGAACAAGCUAAAAACUCCAAAUGUACCGACGGAGGCGCUCGAUACACUGGGGAGUUCAAAGAAAAUAUGCGGAAUGGCAUUGGAAAGUACUAUCUUCCGGAUACGUCUGUCUAUGAAGGCAUGUGGAGCAAUGGGCUGAUGAAUGGUAGAGGUGUAUUAACAUGGGCUGAUAAUUCUUGUUAUGACGGAGAAUGGAAAGAUGGAAUACGUACGGGGCAAGGCAUACUCAAGACUUCGGAUGGAUUCUAUUACGAUGGUAUGUGGGUAAACAAUUCUAUGGAAGGGCGUGGUUUUGCCGUUUAUCCCUGUGGCCAAAAGUAUGAGGGACUCUUUUCGAAAGGACGUCGAGAAGGUCGAGGAACACUAACGUUGACAAAUGGAGUGGUAUAUGAAGGUAGAUUUCGUGAUGAUGCAGUCGAUGGUCAAGGCACAAUGAAAAUGUCACGUGCGACAGUUGUCCCAACAAAGAAAGGGAAGGAUGACUUCAUGGUUCCAAUAUCGUUUCAAUCCGACAUGAGCCAUAUUCAUGCAAAAGCGGGAUUCACAUCUGUAGGAGAAUGA